CGCCGGAAGAGAAGCCAGCCUCUUUCCCAGCCAUCUUUUGGCUUCACUAGCAAGCGAGCUCCGCGCUCCAGGCCUCGUAGAAUCGGAGGACAUCCACCUCUCUAGGGGCCAUCAUGCCCGGGCAUUUGCAGGAAGGCUUCGGCUGCGUCGUCACUAACCGUUUCGACCAGCUAUUUGAUGACGAAUCCGACCCCUUCGAGGUGCUGAAGGCGGCCGAGAACAAGAAGAAGGAGGGAGCGGGGGCACCGGGCCAGGGCUCAGUCAAGAACGCCGCCCAGGCCGCCAAGCAGCCCAAGAAGGAGUCUCAGAAGGACCGCAGGAACCCUCUGCCCGACAAGAAGGACGAGGCGCCGCAGCCGGUGCCCCUGAAGAAGGAAGGGAUCAGAAGAGUUGGCAGGAGGCCCGACCAGCAACAGCAGCAGCCGCCACCACCACCACCGCAGCAACAGCAGCAGCCGCCUUCACAGGCCCCACAGGGUGAAGGGAAACCUACCGACAGAAGACCCGUCGAGAGGCGGCCACCUCGUGAACGCCGCUUUGACAAACCAGCUGAAGAAAAGGGUGAAGCAGGGGAAUUCUCUGUGGACAGGCCCCUUGGCGAAAGGCCACCUCGUGGUCGCGGCGGCCCAGGCAGAGGUGGACGAGCACGUGGACGUGGUAUUGGCAGGGGCGAUGGCUUUGACUCCCGUGGCAAACGUGAAUUUGACAGGCACAGUGGCAGCGACCGAGCUCCUUCACAUUUCAGUGGCCCGAAGCAUGAGGACAAGAGGGGCGGCAGCGGAUCCCACAACUGGGGAACUGUAAAGGAUGAACUGAGCGAACUGGACCAGUCAACCGCAACCGAAGAGACUCACGAAACCGAAGAACAACCCGCCGCCGACUCUGAAAACAAGGAGAAUGAGGCUGAAGAGGUGAAGGAAGAGGGGCCCAAGGAAAUGACCCUGGAUGAAUGGAAGGCCAUGCAAGACAAAGAGCGUGCAAAAGUGGAGUUCAACAUUCGGAAACCAAACGAAGGCGCUGACGGCCAAUGGAAGAAAGGCUUCGUCCUCCACAAGUCUAAGAGCGAAGAGGUUCAUGCAGAAUCUGAAGGUUUGGAUCAUCACUUCCGCAGGCCUGCAAAUGACAUCACUUCCCAACUUGAGAUCAACUUUGGAGACCUUGGACGCCCUGGCCGUGGGCGUGGUGGUGGAAGAGGGACCCGCGGACGCGGUACAAGGCCCAGUCGUGGGAUUAGAACUGACAAGUCGAGCGUCUCAGCCCCUGAUGUAGAUGACCCUGAGGCUUUCCCAGCUCUGUCGUAAACUGGAUGACUAAAGUCCCAUCCUGGUGCCCCUGCGGGCCCCUCCCUUCUACGAGGCUUGCAUGCUUAAGGAUCCUAAACAACUACAAAAUUAAAAAAGACUGUCGAUCAUACCAUUCACACCUAUGGACUGAAUUUUAUCUGUUUUAAAAGAAAAAAAAAAGAAAAAACAAAAAGGACUUCUCUCGCUACUCAGAAGCAACCAUACGGUAGUUGAGUUUUGUAUUUAGAUACGUACUGGUAGCAGGGACGUUUUACAUAAUUUUUUCCAGAGAUUAUGCAUUCUUCAUGGAUACUUUUUGUAUGGCUGCUUGAAAAUAUGCGUUUCCAAACUUGAAAUAUAGGUGUUAAAAGUGUGUACCAGUUAAAGCUUUCACUUCA